UUUUUAAAGAAAAAGUUAAAAAACGCAAUGUCAGUAGUUCAAACUGUUCUUGGACCCAUUAGUCCAAAUCUCCUCGGACGUACAUUGACGCAUGAGCAUUUCGAACUUGAUUUCGAACACUUCUACUGUGCGCCACCUGUCGAAUACAAGGAGUUUUUUGACAAAAAGAUUUCAUUAGAAACCGUUGGGUUCGUUCAUCAAUAUCCGUAUUCAAGUUUGGAAAAUCUCAAGUUCUACGAUGAUGCGACUCGAUUGGCUGUCAAAAAAGACGUCGAACUUUAUAAGAAAUUCGGUGGAGGCAGUAUUGUUGAGAAUAGUUGUCAUGGCUUGAAGAGGAAUCUUGAGAUGAUGGUUGAUAUUCAAAGGACAACCGGAGUCAACAUAAUUGCUGGUACUGGUCAUUAUGUGCAUGAUCUCCAGACUCCAGGUCAUCUGGCGAUGACAGUUGAACAAAUGACUGAUUUGUACUCUAAGGAGAUAAUCAAUGGUAUUGAUGUGCCACAUGUUGGACCGGUUAAAUGUGGAUACAUUGGUGAAGUCGGAAGUGUUUAUCCCAUUCAUGAUUUCGAAAAACGGGCAAUUCGAGCAACAGGUGAAAUCCAGGAAGUUCUAGGUUGUGGAGUGUCAUUCCAUCCAGGGCGUGAUGCUAAGGCUCCCUUUGAAAUUGUUCGAACGUACUUGGAAGCCGGAGGAAAACCUGAGAAAUGUGUGAUGUCACAUUUAGAAAGAACACUGAAUAUGGAACAGCUGUUUGAAUUUGCAGCUCUUGGAACAUACAUGCAGUAUGAUCUUUUUGGAAUCGAGUGCUCAUUUUAUCAGCUGAAUUCAUCCGUUGAUAUGCCAUCAGAUGCACAGAGAAUUAACAAUUUGAUGUUACUUAUUGAAGAUGGAUGGGUUGAUAAGAUUCAAAUGUCUCAUGAUAUUCAUACAAAACAUAGAUUAACUUCCUAUGGUGGACAUGGUUACCAUCAUAUUCAUAUGAACAUUUUGCCUAGACUUUUUGCAAAGGGAUUGACAAUUGAACAAGUUGAACAAAUCACCGUUACUAAUCCGGCUAAGUGGCUGGAGUUAAAAAUUUAAGUUUAAUUUAAAAUUGUUCUUGUUUAAGUUUUGAAAUUAACUAUGUAAUAGAAAUUCGAAACCAGAGUUUACAAUUAAGGGCUGAU